GCCCAGGACCGGAUGUGCGAGUUGUCCGGGGACCGGAUGUGCGUUGAUGCCGGCGCUGGGAUGGAUUACACGGUGCAUGAGGCCUGGAACGACGCGACCAAUGUUUACCUGAUCGCGGUGCUGCUCAGCGUCGGGCUACUGCUGUACGCCAGGAGAAAUAAAAGGAAGAUCAUGAGAAUAUUCACUGUCCCUGCUGCUGGUAAUCACACUCCUGAGCCCAACUUUUAUGACAACCUGCAGAAGGUUCGCUUACGCCAGCAACUGGAUAUGUACUCGAUUGCACGAAGGUAUGAACAGCAGCAAGUACAGAUGGACAGUGUGCAACUGACAGUCGAGUGAUACCUGCAUCACUAAUAUUGAUGGAAGUAAAAAUCAAGGGGGCAGCCAUACAAAUGAGAGAACCGGUGAAGAGAAAACUACUGCAACAUCUGAAAUCAAUUGAGAAACAAUGGGAGUUGAACGUUGAAUGUCACUCCUGAAGGAUAAAUGAGCAAGAGAUAUGGUGAUUACUCUCCACCUUAUUAAGUGAUGUUUUCCCCAUCCCAUAAUGUAUAACUAUGUAAUUUGCCUUUUUUAAUAACUCGACAGUCAUGUUAAUUAUGGAAAGUUUCUCCUGACAAAUAUGGAAAAGGGAAUCAAUAUAGUUAUUGAUACUUUCAUGCACAGUGAUUGCUUCCUUAACCCAGUUCCUUGACUGUCCCAGAGAUCAUGGGUCUUGAAUGACCAGAAUACUGAGAGUCACUUUUAUUUGAGGAGUGAUGUUCGUUGAAGGACUGGAUUGUUCUUCGUUAAGGACAAACUCAAGUCAGUUCUAGUGGAAGCUUGUUCAAACAUCCUUCCUACUUGUCUACGUAUUGAGUUUGGUUUGAAGUAAAUAAAAAUGUAUUGACCAGAGUGAAGUACAACUUUUGUAUACCCAAACAUUAUGAGACGUCUUGCUGUCGCUUGCUGUAAAAAUCUUAGUUCACCUUGAAAUUUGUAGUUAUCUGCAUGAUUCCAGGGUAUUGCUGGAAAUAAAACAAAAAAUUAUAUAAAUUUAAAAAAAGAUGCAUAUGCUUCAGCAUGGGUUACUCGGUGAAGUUUGCCCUUGGUGUAGUUGCCAAUUAGUUAGGACAUGCUAGGUUUUGAACCAAGUAUCUGCUCUGUUCACUGAACAUGUGUGUAUCAUGGCUCAGGAACAUUUAUUUAAGAAGCCAUGCUUCAUAAAAUGUUUAGCUGUCAAGUGCAUACUGAUCAAAAUGCAAAGUGCUAGAGGAACUCAGUGUAUCAGAUAGCAUCUAUAGAAAGAAUAGACAGACGAUGUUUUGGAUCAUGACUCUUCUGACGUACUGGCCAAGUUGUUUUACUAGUAUGUGUUUUGAAUAGUGACUCACUAUAGUCUCAUUAAGUUUGAGUGCAAUCUAAAAGCAAAUGGACAGAAGCAAUCUAUUCUAUCUCCUUUACAAGGAUGUUGUCAGAUCUUGAGGGCAUGAGCUAUAGCGAGGGGUUGAACAAGCUGGUAUAUUAGUCCUUGGAGCGUGCAAGGCUGAGGGGUGAUCUUAUGGGUGUAUAAAAUCACAAGGGGAUUAGAUAGGAUAAAUGUACAGUCUUUUUCCCAGGGUAGAAGAAUCGAGAACCAGAGGACAUAGGUUUAAGGUGAGGGGAAAAAUUGAAUACGAAUAAGGUGAGGGGCAACUUUCAACACAGGUUAUAGAACAAACUGCCAGAGGCGGUCAUUAAGGUGGUACAAAACAAAACAAUAAUUAAGACAUUCAAACAGGUACACGGAUAGACACAAAAAGCUGGAGUAACUCAGCAGGUCAGACAGCAUCUUUGGAGACUUUUCUUCAGUCUGAAGAAGGGUCUUGACCCAAAACGUCACCUAUUCCUUUUCUCCAGAGCUGCUGCCUGACCCACUAAGCUACUCCAGCAUUUUGUGUCUAUGUUCAGUUUAAACCAGCAUCUGCAGUUACUUCCUACACACAGGUACAUGGGUAGGAUGCGUUUAGAAGGAGAAGGUAAAUAGGACAAGGGUAUAUGGGUCAUCUUGGUCAGCUAGGAUGAGUUGGGCCAAAGGGCCUGUGUUCGUGUUGUAUGACUCCUCAGUUUAAAAUUACAUGUCACUGUGUUAAUUAGAUUGGGUCAAUGUUAUGCUUUGUGCUUGUAAACCUAUGAAAAAUGUGGUUAUCAAUAAACGAUUUCAAAAGGC